GUGUGUAUAAAUAUGAACACAACACCUGGGCAUUUUACACCGCUUUUGAGUCUGCUGUGCAGAGCUGUCUGAUCAGCUGUGAGUAACGUUGCAAGUGGCUAAUCCAGAUUAACGCCUGUUUGUCGGAUCAACAUGGACAACCAAGAAGUCAUGCCCGUGAAUAAGGUGUUUAAUGAUCCCAUCCACGGGCAUGUGGACCUACACCCACUUCUCAUCAAAAUUGUGGAGACACCUCAGUUCCAGAGACUACGAAACCUCAAGCAGCUUGGAGGGACCUACUUUGUUUUUCCUGGAGCAUCUCACAACCGCUUUGAACACUCGAUUGGAGUGGCUUUCUUGGCAGGACAACUUGCGCAAGCUCUGCAAACUGGACAACCAGAACUCAACAUCUCCGACAGGGACAUCCUUUGUGUGCAGAUUGCUGGGCUCUGCCACGACCUGGGACAUGGGCCAUUCUCCCAUAUGUUUGAUGGGCUGUUCAUCCCCAAAGCACGUCCAGGAAUUACCUGGAAGCAUGAAACUGCCUCUCUGGCCAUGUUUGACCACAUGGUGGAGGUCAAUGACCUGAAGUCUGUGAUGGAGCAGCACGGCCUGGUGCUGUCUGAAGACCUGAUCUUCAUCAAGGAACUGAUUGCUGGACCAUUGGACGCUAAUGCAGCCAAAGGCAAGAAGUGGCAGUAUAAAGGCCGUCCAGAAGACAAAUCCUUCCUUUAUGAAAUCGUGGCCAACAAAAGAAAUGGAAUUGAUGUGGACAAGUGGGACUACUUUGCCAGGGACUGCCACCACCUGGGCAUCCAGAACAACUUUGACUAUCGCCGCUUUAUAAAGUUUGCCAGGGUGUGUGAGGUGGACGGAGAGAAACAAAUCUGCACUAGAGACAAGGAGGUGGACAAUGUGUGUGACAUGUUCCACACCAGGAACCGUCUCCACAGAAAAGCCUACCAGCACGCAGUGACCAAGAUCAUAGAGACCAUGAUCACAGAGGCCUUUUUUAAAGCAGACAAGCACAUCCAGAUUGAAGGCUCUGGAGGGAAGAAGUUCACUCUCUCCACAGCCAUAGAAGAUAUGGAGGCCUACACCAAGCUGACAGAUGGUGUGUUUGAACAAAUACUGAACUCUUCGUCCAAGGAGCUGGCUGAGGCGAGGCAGAUUCUACACAACGUUGUCCGUCGACGCCUCUAUAAGUGUGUGGGUCAAACUCAGGCUGAGGAACCCAUAAGUGUCACGCAGGAGAUGAUUCUCUCCUGGGAAGCAAAUUUGGCUCAGACCGUCCCUCUGAGUGGCGCCCAAGAUGUCAGUCUAAAGCCAGAGGACUUUGUAGUUAGAGUCAUUCAUAUAGACUUUGGGAUGAGGGAAAACAACCCCAUCGACAACGUGCGUUUCUAUUCCAAGGACGACCCAACCAAAGCCACCAAGAUUCCAGAGGAGAAAGUGUCUACACUUCUUCCAAGGCAGUUUGCUGAGCAACUGACCAGGCUCUACUGCAAGAAGACAGAUGCUGAAAGUCUGAAGGCAGCCAAGGAGUUUGGCAAGUGGUGGGAGAAUGAGUCUCUCAGCCUCAGGUAAUAUUUACAUCUGUUAGAGUGUAUCUAUUCUAUUCUGUUAAAAAAAAAAAGGUAGAGGCAACCAAAUGGCCAGUUAUUUAUAUUAUUUUACAGUAUGCUCACAAAUUCAUCAGGUCUGAGGUAAUUCAUCAGAUUUCUGAAGGGGAAAGGCUGAUCAUAAAGCACCACCAGCUCCAUAAUUUCCCUCAUAAUUGCUUUGGUCUUUUCACUGCUCAUACCAAGGGAAGACAGGAGAGGCUGCUGGCUUGUGUGUGACACUGAGCUCUGGCUAGCUUUAGCUUUAGCCGCUUUUCAUUUGCUAACUUCUUCAAACUGCGCAGGUUCAGCUGAGUGAUGGUGUUUUAAGUUUCUAAUUAGGUUUUUGUUCCCGACGUUUUCAUGGUAGCGUCUCCACGGUUUACUUUGGCCUUACGUGUAUUAAUUGCGAGCUUUGUGUCUUCUUCACUCACAGUGAAGAUGUGGUUAGCUGUGAUGUUAAUGUUUGCACCGUUGUGCCUUUGAUAUUUGGAUUUGGAUUUUUACGAACACAAAUCCCACCUCAUGUUACACACAUAUUUUAGUUUUUUUAGUCAAGUUUUAUUUUAAAAUUCCCCUGUGCAUCUGGAGCUGCAAGUGUCCCAUUUUUAAGUUGACUUACUUGUUUCAUACCAUGUGCUUAGCAAUAACCUACUAUCAUGCAUCUGCAUCAUGAACAUUAUGGUCAGUUAGUGUUGUGUGAUUUACUCAGAACAUGUAGACAUUCAGCUUUUAAAAGAAGUAAAUCAAAUCUGCAGCCAAAACUCACUUCCUCUGCUGAAUUAUUUACUUCUUUUUACUUGUGAAAUUAUUUGGGUUUGAUGUGAUCUUACAUUGAAUGCAUUUAUCUAAUUUAGAGGUGUUUUCUGGUUGACUUUGUUACUCUAUUUAUUGUUCUUACAGUAAAUAUGCUUGCAUCAUAGGUGGUGGUUUUGUUUUAAUUGAUUGUGUUAAAAGAUAUGUUUGAAAUAAUGUAAAGGGGAAACCUACCAAAGGUACUACUAGACGGGGUUUCAUAAUGUGGUAUAAUUUCUAUGUAAGUUGUGAUGAGCUAAAGUUAUAGUAUGCAAUGCAAUACGAUAGCAUGAACUGGUCAUGCUAUGUUUCCAUUUAAGAUUGAAAGAAAAGCAAGAUACAGCUGUAUUAAAAAUGAUACAACUGGUUAAGGGCCUGUAAGCUAUGGAAGGUAAAACUGUGUAAUUGUGAAACUGUUUUAUGGUAGUGAAACACUGUCUAUGGUAGCCAUACUCUGUCAAUGUAAUCUCAUUAUAAUUGCUGUGAGCCUGAAAAAGAACAUUUAUUGUAAUCCUGCAUAAAACAAUUAUUUUUAAAAAAUGGCACAGAAAGAGGCCUGGAAAUAAUGGUGUCUGGUGCCAGCCGAAACAUAGGCCAAAACUGGAAGGCAGCCCAGAGAGAAGAACUAAUGCUGUAAACUGUGCUGAAGAAGCAAAUAAAAAUAAAUAAAUAAAGACAAACAGGUGCAAGAUAAGGCCAGUGGAAAGUCCCCAGAAAACCUGGGGCAAGCUGACCUAAUGGUGUAAAAAGUCACCACCCAAUCCACAAUUUGACACAGCUACACCUUAGAAUUUACUGUAGUGUGGCUUUGAGUCUCUGCUCUGAGUCCACACCACAAUAACAAUUACAAAAUAAAACUCUUUUUCUUUCUCUUGAACACCACAAAUGGGCUAUACAAAUAAAAAUGGGCUAUACAAAUAAAAUUGACUUGACUUGACUUGACCACAUCAUGCAAACCAUUUAAACUUUAAUUUACAGUUGUUUUUCCACAGACAACAAGGCCACAGAGGCAUUCAGUGUGUGUGUGUUAUUGCAGUAUAAAAACUAUGAAUACAUGAGAACAACUUCCCAAGUCUGUAUAUGCAUGGCAGAUCAUAAGGAAACAGGCAGUAGUAAUGCAAUACUUCUAUAAAAGAUAUUGUAGUGCACUGAAAUGAAACAGUGACUUUUAAAACGAGUAUAAUUAAAUAGAAUAAUAUAUCUGUCUUUAAUAUAAAAAUGUCUCUUUGUCUUACCUUGAGAGUGUCUUAAUGUUGAGCUGCAGGGGGUGUUUGGUAACAAAAAGGGAAUUUUGUGCUAAAAAACUAAGUAAAGGAGGUCUCCUCAGAUAAGCUUUAAAUAAAACUUUGAACAAAA